AAGCUGCUACUUUCAUUCUUUUUAACAACAUUGGUUAGAAAUAAUGCUAUACUAUUUUUAUACAAAAUAGUUGUUUGAGUACAAUAGAAAUAAGUAGUAAUAUUGAGGCAUGUAGUGUGAGUAGCAUUCUCCUACUAGCUGGAUAAUUUUCGCUUUAUUUCUAGUUUCAUUACUUAAAUGUUACUAGAUCAAUUUGUACGUGGGCACAUGUGUUUUUCUUAAGAAUGUACGAUUUCCUUGUUGAGGAGCAUUGAUAUUUCUGUUUUAUAUGUAUCCGUCGUACAGAUUUGAAGACGUACUAUUAUUUAAUAUAAAGUAUUAAUACGUUCCGGACAUAUAUAAAAUAAGAAUGGAUCAUAAUCUAUUUCGGGAUUAUUGUAAAGCUGAAAACAGCGACGACGAAGAAGCAAAUUUUGAUCUGCAAUCUCGAUUGUAUGCUGAAAUUUAUUAUGGUCCAAAGGAUAUAGAAAGUAUGGAUGUAAAACCAGUCAUUAAAUCCGAAACCGUUAGUACCGAUAAUGAAGCGUUACAAAGAAAAGAAAGUAUUAUUACAACACCCAAUCCCAGUGACAAUACGAAAAAGGACAACUAUGAUACAAAUCACAGACAUUCAGAGAAUAGUUCAACAAUAAUUGAUAAUAAAUCAAAUAUUAAAGCUAUUGUUACUCCAAGUCAAACUGAACCAGUGUAUGGUGGCACAGGCAGCCAAAAUAAUUUAAGUAUAUCUUCUAUAAAAACAUUAGAGCAUUCUAUAGGAAAUAUUGGGUCUAUAAAAAAUGAUGCAGAUUCAAUGAUGUGUCAUAAUGUGAAGAAUGCAAAAACUAGUUUAGACCAUCAGAAUGUAAAAACAGAAAGAAAUGUUGCAGAACCAGAAGUAGAAACAGAAAGCAAAGAACAAUUAUCCUUGAAGCUUUUAAAUCCUAAAACACCUGUCCAAUCUUCUUGCAAUGAAGAAAAGAAAGAAGUAACGUGCACUGAAAGAAAUUCAAAUGAAAAUAGUGACAAUAUUUUAACAAAAUAUGAAUUUGCAAAAUUGAUCAUUAAUAAACUCUAUCUUAGAAAAUAUGUAGAUUUAGAGGAAAGGUUACAAGAAAUAGAAAAGGAAAAAGAAAUGGAAAAGGAGAAAGAUAAGGAAAGAGAAAAAGAAGAGUGCUUAAAACAAGCAGAACUUAAAGAAAGAGAGGAAGCAGAACUUAAAGAAAGGGAGGAAGCAGAACUUAAAGAAAGAGAGGAAGCAAAACUUAAAGAAAGUGAAGAAAAAAGAAAACAGCAACAAACUAGGAACAGUACCAAUGUUGUAGAUGAAGCAGAUACAGACAGCAGAUAUAAAGUACAGACUAAAAAUGAAAAACCCCAAAAAACACCUGAUUGUUGUGAAGAAAUCGUUUUAUUGUCAGAAACAGAUAGUAAUUCUGAAGAUUCCAUUUUAGAAGUACCUAUUCCACCAAAACCUCUACCCCCUGUUAUAAAUUUAAAUGACUCUGAUGAAAGUUCUGAAUCAUCAAGUGAUAGUGAUAGUAAUGUUGACCCAUUUAUUGUAGAACAUAAAAAUGAUACAUCAAAGAUUACAGAUGAUAAGCAUAAAAGUGACAAAUCUUCAGUUAUAAAUACAGUGACUGAAGACAUAAUGUUAAAUUGCACAGAAGUUCAAAAAUGUGCUUCAAGUAUAGAAGAAAUAAGAGAAGCAAGUAAAAGUGUUCAGUCACAGCCGAUCUCUAAUGAAACUCAAUUAGGUAUAUUAUAUUACCCUUUCAGCGACGACGAAAACACGCAAGACAUUCAUUUACCAUCGAUAUCUACUGCCAAUAGUAAUGUUGUGUAUGAAAGAGAUAAAAAUGAAUCGAUCAAUUUUGCGGAAGAUGUACCUUUAUCGAAUUUCGUUAAUGUAUCACCUAAGGAAUCAACUUCAAAUAAGAGAAGGCGCGAUGAAACUGAUAAUGAAACUGGUAAUAAUGCGGAACAAAAUGAAAACACAGGUAACGAAAGUAAGCGUACUAAACUAAGCCCCAAGAAACCUCCUAAUAACGAUAAAAAUAAAAAGCAAACAUGGGAAGAAUAUUUCUUCGCUCCCCUGUCUGACAAUCUUAAAGCCUUUUAUAACGAAUCUCGUGGGCAAGAGAAUUUCGAUAUCAGAGAAAUACAAAAUAAAAUGUCAAGAGACCCAAGACUUUGGACUAUUUUAGAUGAAGACCUGAUACCUGACCUUGCGAGACAACAAAGAUAUUGGAAUUCAAAAUGUAAUUACUGUCAGUUUGAAGGACAUAAACGACGUAACUGUCCAGAACUCACUAAACCUCCGCGAUGUCAUAUGUGCGGUAGUGAAGGACACACAGAAUCUCGAUGCCCUGAAAAAAUGUGCCUCACGUGCGGUAAAAAGCAAGGAACAUUUAGAAAAACUUGUGAGUCUUGUCGCACAUUAUAUUGCAAUAUGUGUAAUGCUGUAGGACACAAAUCAACAGAAUGUCCUGAUCUCUGGAGAAGAUUUCAUCAGACUACACAAAACUGUGAGAUAGAGAUCCCAGAAAGUAUAUCCGACGUUAUGAAACCCCCUGAUUUACUCUACUGUUGUAAUUGUACAAAACGCGGUCAUGAUUCUUCGACCUGCAACGAAUAUAGAUGGUCGCAGCAUUUUCCAACACCGGCGUAUGUAUCGAAUUAUGUAGAUGGACCGAAAUGUGAAAAUGCUCCACCUGCUGUAAGCAGUAAGAGUGAAGAUGUCAUACCGCUGGCAGCCAAAACUAAGAAACAUAAGUACAUGUCAUUUCUUCAAGGUCAAGAAAACCUUGAUGGUUGUUUUGUUGUGUAUUCGUAUGGAGCUUUCUAUAUAAAAGAACCAAAGGGCGAAGAGGUUAAGAGAAAUCUUGUGGGCGAUCAAAUUCAUGCUUCUCAGUUGACAAAUUUCUUAAAGGGCCGUAUUGUUCCAGCAUUUUUGGACCAAUUAAAAAAAAUAAUUAAAUUUGAAAUUAAAAUAUAUUACGAUUCACAAAGGUCGCUAAUGAUAAGGAUUCGAUCUAUGGUUAAUGUUGCUCCAAAUCUUUGUGACAUCUUUGUGUUUUGGCUUAAACUUUCUGAUGAAGAUAAACAUCUGAUGAUAUAUACAGAUUUUCCGUAUAGUAAAAGGAAGAUGGCGAACUUCUUAAAAACAAAAUUGAAUGCAUUAAGAAAAGAUUUAGACCAUCCCGAGAGUCUUCAUCAGCAAAUAAAACAACUUAAAGAAGAGAUACCUAAUGUACGGGAUCCUAGAGAAAGGGUUUCAAUGUCGAAACAACUAAUGUCUCUUCAGGAAAAAUUUACGAGAGCGUUUCAUGCGAUGCCUAAGCAGAGUGCAGAGGUAAAGAGAUUGAGAAAAUGUAUUAAAUAUUUAAAUACUAGUACACAGCAUCAGGUUGAAAUGUCGCUGUAUUUUAAUAUUAUGUACGUUUAUAAUAAAAUAUUUCUACCACGUACAUUAACGAACGCUGAAUUAACUCGUUUUCUUAAAAAAUAUCAAAGAUCAGUAAACACACAAAUCAGACAUAAUCAAAAGUACAUGGAAAAAAAAAAUGAAGAAUGUAAAAAGCAGAAGAAACAAAAACCUAACCCUUAUGAAUCAUUUGUACAAAAAAUAACAAAUGCCAAUGAAUCGAAAGGUAAAACAAAUACAUGCAAUAUUACCGAUACUCCACCAAAACCUAGCGCUUAUCAAACAUUUGUACAAGAAAUAAGAAAUUACAAUGAAUUGAAAAGUAAAACAAACGCAUGCAAUAUUAAUGAUGCUGCACAAUCAACAAAAUCGUCUGAGAAACAUAAUAAACAAACUUCUACUGUUAUUUCUACUACUGUUGAACAUCCUGUGGUGACUAAUACUGUUCAAUAUGACAACGUUACAGAGGGUAGUAUAGGGAACACUCGCGUGGAAAAUUUUAAUAUGGAAGCUAAUAUUAACGAAUCUAGUACAGUUUAUCCUAUAGAAAGAAUAUCGUUACCACGUGACCAUCUACGGAGAAAAGAUAGCGAAGUGAUAGAUACUGUAAAGAACUACAGUACUGCACCAUCUUCGAAGCCUAGACCUAUGGUAACAAGAUCCAUGUCAAAAGAUACGGCUGUUCGACCUAAUUUAAUAACUAUACCGAUUGAAAACACAGGGAGUCUUAUGAAGCACUCAAAGAAAAAACAUUCUGAAAUAGAACCACCACAAAAUAGUGGCGAAAAAUCAUCAGAACAAACAAGCGACAGUAGCAAAGUAAUGGAUACAUCUUAUUCAGAACAAGAUGAUGCAGCUAAUUCUGAUGCAAAUGCUACAAAAAAGAAAAAAUCGAAAAAAUCGAAAAAAGCAAAAACAGACCUUGAUGAUAGUUUGCAAGUUACAGAAGAUCAAGCGACAGAUUCUGAUGGAAAUAUGGUGAAUAAAGCUCAAACAGUUAUAGACGAAGCUCUUGCAUUUAGUUUGCCGCAUAUGAAUAAAGCUGCGGAAGAAGUUCAGAAAAGGAUAAGUAACAACAAUCUUAAGCAAGAGCACAUUAAUGUGUUACAAAGACUAAUAAACUUAGAGAAAGAACACCAACAAUAUGUGAGUUCUUUUUGUAAUUAUUUACAGUGAACGUUAAAGCUUUUAUUAUAUUCUAAUUUCAAAUGUAAUACCGAAUUAUUAAAGCUUUUAAUAUUUUCAACCUA